UCAUGCGAUUCUAUAAAGGAACUAUUUUCAGCUAUGUUUCCAAAUUCACUACCAUCAGAUUUUUCUAUGUCUACUACCAAAGCAAGAUAUUUAAUUUGUGAUGCUAUAGCUCCAUAUUUUAGGCAAGAAAUGAUGAAGGACUACAAAGACUCCUAUUUUUCGCUAUGUUUCGAUGAAACCUGCAAUGCAGCAUCAAAAAAGGAGCUUCAGGUGGCCAUAAAAUAUUGGUCUCCGAUUAAAGAAAUGAUAAUAACGACACAUUUAGAAACUUUCUUCAUUGGUAAAGCUACCGCCGAGGAUAUUUAUUCUAAGCUGAAUGAAGCAAUGGACAACGCUCAACUAUCCCGCAAAAGGCUUCUGAUGCUAGGCUGUGACGGGCCCAAUGUGAAUAAAGCGGUUACAAGAUUGAUGAACGAUUCUUUAAUUCUGUUGGGCAGACGGAAAUUAGCUGAUAUAGGAACAUGUAACAUUCACACUGUACACAAUGCCUUUCUUAAGGCUUUGAUGAAGUUUGGUGAAAGCGUAUCUGACUUUAUAUUUCAAAUUCACAACUUUUUCGAUGGUUGGCCUGCUCGCUGGGAAGAAUAUGAAAUUAUUCAAGACAAGUUAAAUUUGCCAAACCAUCGCUUCAUUAAGCACGUUUCUUCACGUUGGCUCACUAUGGGGCCUGCUGCUGAACGCGUUUUAGAGCAAUGGCCUGCAAUAAUUGAGUAUUUCACUAAACAUCUACCUAAAAAACAGACUAAUACAUCCCAAAACUUUAAAAACAUCUAUGACUUCAUCAAUCAAAAGCUAGCAAAAGCAGAAAUAAUGUUUGUAGUGUCCAGUGUAAAGAUGUUCGUGAAAGUCACUGGUUUCUUCCAGCGUGAAGAGCCAUUGGUUCACAUGAUUCAUGAAGAAUUAAAGAAACUCGUGAGAACCAUUUUUAAUCGGUUUUGUGUAAAAAGCGCGCCUACGUCAGUUGAAGGUCUAAAUGAAAAAUAUUACGUUCCUCUUCAAGAUAUUGUGCUAGAAGAUUCAAUCAGAGAAUUAUUGGAGACCGCUCAAGAACGUGAUAGAGUAACAUUUUUACACAAAGUAAAAAAUCAUUACGUCGCCGCUUGCAAACAUCUGCUAACAAAAACGUCAAUGGAUUAUUCUUUAAUAAAAUACUUGGCAAUAUUGAACCCUAAAAAACAAAAUUCAGAAACGUGUCAUAAAGACUUUUUAAAAAUUGCAAACACUUUGCCGGUUGCGUUUGAAGAAACGGCACUAACAAACGAAUGUCUUUUGUUAAUGCAACAUCAAAAAGGAAAUCAAGAAGAACAAAGGAUUGAAACUUACUGGGGCAAUAUUUUUAAAAGGACCUUUGAUAACGGAGAAAAAAUGUUCCCCAACCUGGAACACAUUGUAAAGGCCGCAUUAGCACUGUCGCAUGGCAAUGCAGAUGUGGAAAGGGGCUUUUCAUGUUCGGGUAGAAUUUUAACACCAGAAAGGGCUAACAUGUGUCAGAGGACCCUUGAUGCGCAUUUGACAGUUAAAUCGGCACUAAAAAACAUGUACGAAAACAAGAUUCAUUUAGUCCCUUUAACACCUGAAUUGAUGAAAUUAGCCAGAACGGCAUAUAUAAGAUAUAAAACAUAUUGUGAAGAACAGAAGCAAAAAGAAGAAAUAAAGAAGCUCGAAAAGAAAAGAAAUGAGGAACUUGAUAGAGAAAAAAAAGAACUUAAGAGAAAGUACGAAGAAACUAAGACGAUUAUUGAAGAAGGUGAGACAACGCUAAAAAAAAUAAGAGAAGAAGAAAAAACUAAGAGGGAGACAAUUGACAGAUUAAUUAAAAAUGCAAAUGCCAUGUUGAAGGGCGGAAUCAAAGAAAAAGACAUGGUUUCCGUAAAUAUGGCAAAAUCUCUGCUAGAAACUGUAGUAAAGGAGAGAAAAGAAGAAGAACAACAAAUACAAGAGGAAGAAAAAAUACAAAAAAUCGUAGAUAAGAAGAAAAAAACACUUAUAACAAACUUCUUUAAGAAAACUUAAUUUUAAAUGUUAUGUUUAUUUUAAUGGAACUUCUCUGUACUUUUUUUCUUUCUCAUAGUCAUUUGAUUUUAGUGUUCACUAUAUGUAUAAUUUUGCACGAAUGCGCAUGACUCACUUGUAAUACAAUAACAAUUACUAACAAUAAAAAAAGCUUUUUAACACAAUAAAAAGGCGGUGCUGGUUGGCUAUGGGGAUGGUGGAGGCCAAUAACUGAAAAUAAGCUUUUUAUUUCACACCAUUCACCCGAAAAACGGUUUGGAAAUGGUCAGUAUUUGGUCAGUAUUUUUGAAUUUUUGGUCAGUAAAAUCAGUAUUUUCGACCAUAGAACUUGUUUCGGCCCCUGUGUAUUAUUAAGGUCAUAAGGUUUCCGACACUUAAGAAAAAGAAUCACUCCAUCUCUUCCCAAUACAUCGUACAUUCAAUAAUUUGUAAU